CUGUCAGUUGUUGUUGUCAAUGUCAGUAAGUAAAAUGAGAAAUUCUGUAUAUUUUUAGAAUACAGUGUUGAUAUUAAUUUCAUCGGAGUAAUUGGUAAACGAUAAAAGCCGCUUAAAAAUUUAUUUAUUGCAUCAAAAUGUCUUUAAACACGGCUCAUGCCGAUCAUGGGGUGUUAAUACACGCAGGAGAGUGUAUCAUAUUGUUUUCGGACAAUGUUCGUGUUGAGUUUCAUGGAAAUGAUACUGCAGAGUUUAAAAAUGAAAAAGAAGGUCGCCUGUACCUUACUACUCACCGGAUGAUUUUCAAUUCCAAAAGCCUAUCUGAACCAUUGAGGUCCUUCAGUUUUCCUUUUGUGACAUUGGAAGAUGUAACAGUUGAACAACCUUUGUUUUCUGCAAACUACAUUAAAGGUAAAGUCCGUGCUCAAUCCAAUGGUAACUUCAUUGGGGAAGUGAAGUUCAAAUUAACAUUUAAAUCUGGAGGAGCUAUUGAAUUUGGACAAGCUAUGUUGAAAGCUGCAGAUCUUGCCACUCGUCACACAUCCCCGAGCGCGAUCCCGCCCCCGUAUCAGCCACCCACCGGGCCGUGGUAUGCGGCGCCACCGCCGGCGUACGCACCCCCAGCGCAAGGCUAUUACGGAUGGGUGCCACCGUACACGACGUUCCCUAACCAACCCCCACCGAACUCGGUGUUCGUGUCGGAUAACCCGCCGCCUUACCCGGGCGUGUCGGGCAGGACCUACCCGCCCAGCGUGCGCUACUCGGGCACCAGCGCGCACGUGUCGCCGUCGCCCACAGGUGCUGGCUCCCCGCACGGCCCCUCAGCGCCGCCCCCGGGCUACCCCGGCGGGGCCGCGGCCGGCAUGUCCUCGAGUGAUGCUAAAGCUGCAGAAGCAGCACAGAGCGCCUAUUACGACCCUAACAGGCCUCAGACCGCUUACGUGCCACCACCAUACAAUGAUCAACCACCGACUUACCAGGAGUCAGUAUCAAAGAAAAAAAAUUAAAGAGUUGCCCGCAUUACUAUAUGGCUACGAAAAAGUCUAUCUUAAAAGGGGCUCACGAUACCCACUUUCAUUUCGAUUCGGACGAAGGAGGCAGCGAUUAAGUUAUUUUAAAAUACAUUCCUAAGAAAUUUUCAACGCCAAAGCCGGCAUGAUGCCUUGACAUAGAAUGUUUAAACUGUUUCAAAAACAUUCAAAAUUAAUGACUUCUAAUUUCAUCCUCUAGUUGGCUGACUUUGGCCUUGAAAGUAUUGUUAUACCAUGUUUAUUGCAAGAUAAAUUAUAGUAAUUGUUAGAUAAAAAAACUUUACGAAAUUUAAAUUUAUUAUUUUUGGCUUUGUGCAUAAACACUGAACACGUUUUUCACUUGUGUGUAUGUUCUAAUAAAUAUGAAGUAUUUUUAGUCGAUAGUAAAAGAAGUAUUAAUGUUUUUGAAAUUUCAAUACCAACCCAAAUGUGCAUUUUAAGAAUGUUAAUGCUAAAAUGUAUAAAUUUGUUGAAUUAUAUAUAAAAUAAUUAAUGUGAUACAUAAAUAUUAAAAACAAUUAUAUUAUAAUCACCAAUACUUGUAGAUAAGAUCAUAAUUGCUGAGUUUCUAAAUCUAAAAUAUUAUAGCUUCAUUACAACCAUAAAAUAUAAGCUGUUUAUUUGUUAAAUCGUACAAAAUAGAAGCUUAAUAAAUGCUUAGCAGCUAUUCAC